CUCUCAGUCAACUCAGCCCGAUCGAGUCCCACCAGCGGCAAGAUGGCGGCGGCGCGACGCAACAUUCACGUCUUCUCAAGGGGAGAAGAAAUCGGCGGUGAGUAUCUGCUGCCCUGCUCGCUAGCACAGAGCGCAAGUGGAUGAGGGCUGAGGGAGAUGCCCCUGUGUCAUAGGCCUCUGGCAGCACGGAGACAUGUCCAAGAGGCGCUUUCGCCAAUGGCUCGGGCACUGCUGGCACUUCGAACUGGACGAAAAGCCCGUCGCGUGGAGCCUCGUCGAGCGACGUGAGCCUGGCAGCGUCCAGGAGCGACGCGUCGUGGUGGGCCCGGUUGGAGACGAAGCGGCCGACGAAGAAAUGCCCACGGGCACCUUUGACGUCCUCAGCGAUGGGGCCUGGCAGCCAGUCGACCAUGUCGCAACGCCCCAUCGGUAUCAUCGUCGCACGCUCAGCACGAGUUCGUCGGCGUCGUCAAGCACAACGAGUUCCACGUUCGCCAGCCGCGUUCGUGCGAGGGACCAGAGGUGUCUGAUCACCGGAGAGACGCCUUUCAGCCCGACGGGUUGGGCGUCGUUGCAGGCCGCCCACAUCUUUCCGAGAGCGCACCUCGAACGCUGGCGAGCGUGUGGCUUUGGUGACCUUGUUGAGGACACGGAUCGCCACAUCAUCGGCGAGGCCAAGAUCGAUUCGAUCCAGAAUGGCUUCCUCCUCCGCUCCGACGUGCACGACCAUUUUGAUGCUCACCACUUUGCCAUCGACGUAGACGGCGGCUACACCAUCUACGACUUCAGCCCCGCUGGUCGCAUGCACGGCGCGCCCCUCGAUCUCGACCACGUCGAACCGGGAUCGAGUGAGAGGCCCCUCGACGCCCUCUUCCACGAUCACUUCUGGCAGGCCGUCUUGGCCAAUGUCAGGGGGGCCUCCGAAGUCGAUCCCGACGACAAGCCAGAGGACGACUGGACGAAUCCAGACAUGCUACGCCUCGACAAUGAUGCACUGCACAAGACCGACAAGGGCCGCCUCAGGCUCGAGCUGGAGCUGGGCAGUCGUCUCAAUCACCUUGUUUCCUAGUUCAAACAGCAUUCCAUUUGUACGCAUAGUUUUAUUUUUUACAUAGAGACAUCAUCCCACGGCCUAAUGAUAUCCAUAGAGACACCGCGCCGGACUUGCGA